UAAAACUCUUGAAAGAAAUGGAAGUAUAAUAGGUUACAAAAAUAGAAUGUAUGCUACCGAAAGCGAUGACAGUGUGUUUGGAGCAAAAAUUCCGAAAUUGUGGAAUAUAGGUAAAGCACAGAAACCGUGCUACGCUAAAGACGGCAAAUUUCGCUUAUCUAUCUGGAUGAGUGCGUCACUGUUGUAUAUUUACAUUGCACUAUCAUUGUACAGAUAAUUGUUGCACAUUAAUUUAGUGUAUGACUAAUCAAAGUGCAGAAAUUGUAGGAAAAAGAUUGUACGAAAUAUUUAAACUAAAGUUCAAGAUUUUUGCUCUAAAAUGUCCGGAAAGUUUGAUGUUGUUGUGUUCGGUUCGCUAAUCGUGGACUUCAUAAGCUACGUUCCACGUCUACCGAAGGUGGGUGAAACGCUACAUGGAACGAAAUUUACCACCGGUUUCGGUGGGAAAGGAGCGAAUCAAUGCGUAGCUGCUGCUCGUUUGGGCAGCCGGACUGCAAUGAUUGGAAAACUAGGAAACGAUCCGUGGGGCAAAAAUUACUACAGUAACCUCCAGAAGGAGGGGGUCAAUAUAGAUCACAUUGCCAUUCUGGAUGGACAAAGUACCGGAAUUGCGCAGAUCAAUGUUGCUAAUAAUGGUGAUAACCAAAUAGUGAUAGUCGUCGGAGCGAACAACUGUUUGCAGGUGGAUGAUGUCCAAGCCUGCGGAGAAUUACUCAGUGAAGCUAAAGUCUUGGUAUGCCAGCUUGAAACUCCCGUCUUAGCAACGAUUGAAGCGUUGAAAACGUUCAAAGGUACAUCCAUAAUGAAUGCAGCUCCGGCUUUGGAAAACAUUCCCCUAGCGCUACUCAAAUGCUGCACUAUAUUUUGUGUCAACGAAUCCGAAGCAGCCCUCAUAACCGGAAUGCCGGUUGAGACAAUUGCGGAAGCAAAAGGCGCAUUGUUCAAAUUGCGGGAUAUGGGCUGUGGUACGAUUAUCAUCACCCUCGGCGAAAAAGGGGCGAUUUUUGUGACGAAAGACUGCACAAAGGUCAUUCACGUAAAACCAUUCAAGGUCGAUAAUGUCGUGGAUACAACGGGAGCCGGCGAUGCAUUUAUAGGUGCCCUGGCACAUUUCAUAGCAGAGGAUCCGACUGCAGAGAUGGCCCAGUGCGUAGCGGCAGCCAGUCAAGUAGCGGCUUUAUCGGUGCAAAAACCAGGCACCCAGACGAGCUUUCCGCGCAUGGAAGAAACCGGACUUACAGGAUUGUCAUCAUCUAGUUUAAGUGAAUGGGAAUACAUUUAAAUCAGCAAUUUGAAUUUUCCACUUAUACUUUUAUUGAUAACUGAAUAAAGUUUUUUAUAUUGUUACACUUUUA